AUGAACUCAACUUCGAAUAGAGUGUUGAGAGAGAGCAUGAUGGGCUCAAAUGGUGUGAACAGAGGCGGCGCAGCCGGAGGCUCACCACAAAGCAAUGACAUGCUAUUAAAUAGAGUCAGCGACUUGGAGGAGGAGAACUCAAAGUUACAAUACAGGAUAAUGGAAUUGGAAGCGAUCAAUGGACAUUUGAAGGAACAGUUGGAGUACUUCCAGACAAAGUUGUUGGAGAAGAGCUUUAAUGAGGAUAGAGAUCUUUCCAAUUGUUUGUCGGACAUCUACGAGAGUCUGAGCAAGGACAGUCAAUUGUUGUCGACAUCGCCCGGCAGCGCAUCGCAGGCCCACAAGCCACCAACAAACAAUCACUCCAACACCAACAAAUACAUGAACAAUAGCAGCAGCAUGGGAUCGUUGCCAAGCGUCUCCCCGCUUGGCGUGCCCAACAGCGUCACAAAGAAGGCGUCGCUGAGCAGGAGCUCGUCGGACAACUACAUUCAGCAGUCGCCCGACACUGCCGACUCGUCGGACACCACACCAGUCGACGAGGCCUCCCUUGCCAACCAACAACCAACAACCAACAACAACCCAUGUCUAUUCUUCUUCCUCCUUGGACACCCAACGGAAUUGUCCCAAGCGAGGCCU